GGUGUUUGCGGAAGGUGCUCGGUGUUUUGCCGCUAACUUUGCGGUGGAAGUGGAACAGCUUUAGAGCUUCAAUUGAUCAACAAGCCCCGGUGAGGCUGGCCCAUCUCAGCCGGUUGUUCUUUUUUUUCCCCCGGUGCCUGCGCUUUUUUUUUUUUUUUUUUUUUUUUUUUUUUUUUUUUGGGAGCCGUUGCCGUCCUGCCUCUCCCCUCCUCGGUCGCGGUGGGAGUGGGUGUGUCGAUGCGGGCCGGCGGAGCCUAGUCGCGGGUUGUGCGCACUCUGAAAAAGAGGAAAAAGUUGAUGAUGAGUUUAGUGUGAACGCGGGCCGCCUCGGAGCAGGCUCACCGUCCAGGAAUGGCAGUGUGGACCCGAGCCGACAAAAACGGCCAGCUGGACCUUCUGCUCCGCGACCGCUGGAUCCGAGUGGCCGCGGAACUUACCCGGGAGACUCUGACUUUAACGGCCGAGGCGGAGGUCGGCGGCCCGGGGGGCAGUCACUGGGACUACAGCAACUCUUCGGCGGGCCUGCGGAAUGGCAUGUCGAACGGAAACGACCCGGGAACGAGUCCGGGGAACCCCAGCCGCGGUCCGCCUUCAGUUCAAGACCAGCUCCAGAACCAGAACCAGAACCACGGCGUGAGGGGGCGCAGCGGCAGCCCGGGGCGCGGGGGCGGCAGUCGGGGUCAGUACGACGGCAGCUACGGUGUGAACAGCCCCGGGAAGUACCCGAAUAACGGCACGAACUCUGACUUUGGAAGCCCCGGGUCUAGCUACGGCAGCCCCGGGUCCAGCUUCGGUUCUAGGCAGGGCGACUUCCCCGUUAGUUUGGACGGGUCUUCGGAGGCGGUGCGGAAGGUCCGGGUUGUCAAACAGGAGUCUGGCGGGCUGGGGAUCAGUAUCAAGGGGGGGCGAGAGAACCGGAUGCCCAUCCUCAUCUCCAAGAUCUUCCCGGGGCUCGCCGCCGACCAGAGCCGGGCUCUCCGGGUGGGCGACGCGAUCCUGUCGGUGAACGGGAACGACCUCCGGGAGGCGACGCACGACUUAGCGGUCCAGGCGCUCAAGAAGGCAGGGAAAGAGGUGACUCUGGAGGUGAAGUACAUCCGUGAAGUGUCUCCGCUCUUCAAGAAGCCGUCCCUGGUGGCCGACCUGCCGUGGGACGGCGUCCGUCCUCAGUCCCCCAGCUACAGCGGCAGCGAGGACUCGGGUUCGCCCAAACACAGCAGCUCCUCCUCCAAAGACAGGAAGGUCAUCAGUCUGAAGAUGUGCUUCAUCAGCAGGAAUCUGACCAUGCCAGAUCUGGAGAACAGACUGUUGGAGCUUCAUUCUCCAGACGGCCAGCACACCGUGGUCCUCCGCUGUAAAGACGGACCCACCGCCAACUCCUGGUUCACCGCCAUCCACACCAACAUCGCCGCCCUGCUCCCACAGACCCUGGCCCACAUCAACGCCUACCUGGGGGCCUCGUCCUCAGCGUCUACACACCCCCACCUCAAACACAUCGGCUGGCUGGCUGAACAGGUCCAGUUGGACGGAGGUCGGCAGCAGUACCGGCCCGUGGUGAUGGCGCUGACGGAGAAGGACAUCCUGCUGUUUGAGUCGGUGCCGUGGAGCAGAGAAUCCUGGGCCAUGCCUCUGCUCACCCACCCCCUGCUGGCCACCAGGUUGGUUCACUCUGGUAACUCCCGUGGUUCUCCGGCUCAGGGUUCGGACCUGGUCUUCGCCACCAGGACCGGCACCAGCCGAGGCAUCGAGUCCCACAUCUUCCGGGUCGAGACCCACUGGGAUCUGUCGUCAUGGACGCGAGCCCUGGUUCAGGGAGCGCACGCCGCCGCCGAACUCAUCAAAGAAGUGUCCAUCGGUUGUACGUUGAACAGACAGGACGUUCGUCUGACGCUGCAUUAUGAGAAAGGCUUCACCGUCACCAGGGAACCGGCCGAUCCAACGGGGGGCGCUGUUCUCUUCAGGUACCCCUACGAGAAACUCAAGAUGUCUGCAGACGACGGAAUACGAAACCUGUACCUGGACUUUGGAGGACCCGAAGGAGAAAUGGUGUUCGACCUCCACUCGGGUCCGAAGCCUGUGGUCUUCGUCCUCCACUCUUUCCUUUCGGCCAAACUCACUCGUAUGGGUUUGCUGACGUGAAGCGACCGUUGGCGGCGGCGGCGGCGUGGACCCAGGCUCAGACUGACCCUCCCAACGCUGACGAUGGGGGUUGAUUUACUCUUUUUCUGUUUAUUUUUUGUUAGAUUUUCCGUCAGUUUCUCCUUUCACAGUUGGACUUGGGCCUGAGGGGAGGGUUCGUGACCCUGAUGAGUCGUUAUUGUCGAUUGUUUAAAAAAACGUGCCUUCUCUUGCAACUUUUCCUCGGCCUCUUCCGUCACUUCGAGGUUCAGGAAAAGUCAGCGGCACUUUGCUUGAAUCCUACGGCGUUAAAAGAAAAAACGAACAAAACAUUCCACAUGGUCAUAUGCUAAAAACGAUUGUAAAAUGUAGUUGUGAUGUGCAAAACCGGCUGUACUUCAGGUAAGGUGCUGCUGCAGAAUUGAAAUCACAGGAAGGAUUUUUUUUUUUUUAGACAAUGAUCCACAGACUGAUAAAGGUCCCCGUUUUUACCGUUUGCCUAUCAUUCCAUGACAGCCUUCCACUGAACUUCAGGCUCUUUUUAUGUGUGGUUUUAUGUCGACGUGAGAGAACGAAGCCGUUUUCUGGUCAGAGAUGCAGUUCAACGAGCUUGAGAGAUUGUUCGAGUGUUUGUUCAUGCAGUAGAACCUCGCAGUACGACUUUCAUUCAUUCCAUGACUGUUUGUUUUGUGAUUUACGUGUUUUACGAAUCAGUUUUCACCACUGAAAUGAAUUGAAAUAUAAUUAAUCCAUU